GGUAACUUAUUACUGAAUGUCAUUCUACUCAGCGUGCUCUCUUAAUACUGAUUAUGCCAAUAACUUGAGCAAAUAAACUGGAAGUUGCUACAGCUCAUUCUUUGGCAAAAGGUCAUUCACCUCGUGCGGUAAAUGGUCCCACUAAAGAGGUGUGUUUUUCAGGGGCUGGAGUGUACCUCACCUGUUGAACUGGCCUUCACACAUGACUCAGGAGCAGCAUGAAUCACAGCUCGUAGCAUACCCAGAGCAGAGCACAGGGAACCUUGUAUUACCACGGUGCUUGGAGGAGAUGUCUUCGGAUGACAGGGCUUAAAGAAGAAAUGUAGCUUCCUCCCUGCUGGGAACUGCAUGUUUCUGACGUCUCCACACUGAAGAAAUACUGUGAAGGCGUGAUCCAUCCCACCUGCAUAUACAAAUAUGAAGUUCUUCUGGAUAAUCCCAUUUUUCCUGCUGCAAGCUGAGGCAGAGCACAGGCACCACCCAACAACCCUGGCCAGCACACACAUGGACGAGCACACAGCAGGCAACCUUACCCUCCCACUGGGCUUGGAACAGGAGCAGCUGGAAGAGCUGCUCUGGUUCUUCCGCAGAGAAGACCCCUCAACAUGGAAUUACUCCGUUCUUGCGCUUUCCCUCGCAACCAUGAUUUUGGGUCUUGUUCUUCUGACCAUUAACAUUGUGCGAAACAGGAAAAGGAAGGUCCUCAUGAAGGGAGAAGCAGCACAAAGCACACAGGAGGCUGACCUGGAUGCCAAGCAAGCCCUGAUGCCUGUGCAGGAAUACAGCCCGGCCAAGCCACUAAAGCAGGAGCCAGGGCCCCAGGACCAGAGGCCAGGGGACGUGGUGGUCCAGUGGAAGGACGGGACUGUCACGUCUCUGUACCCAGAGAUGUCUGAGGAGGCCAUAUAGUGGCAGCUGAAGUCAGCUCAUUUAGGCCUUAAGGAAGGUAUUGGAAUGUCUCAGCUCAUAGGGGUGCAAGUUUAAAAAUGCAGUUUAGCCUGGGGAAAGAAAAGGGUGAAACAAUUAAGCAGCAGAGUUGCACCUGCAGAAGGGGUCCUGGACUCAGCUCCUGCCUGGCUGGUACUCCCCCACUGCUCUCAGCUGCUUCUAGCCUUUCCUUCAGUGCCAGUUUCGUCUCCUUCCUCAGGUGCUGCAAACAGGGGGGAGCUGAGCCAGGGAAGGAAGUGAGAAGCUUGGCUUGCAGUCAGCCAGGGAAAG